AUGUCUCAGCCAUCACGCCCGCAGGACAGCAGACAAGUGGACGAUGACGUGCCGUCGAGCGUCUAUGCCAUCCUGCCAGCCAUGAUUCAGAGCCGCAUCCCACGCCUCAAGAGCCUUCGCCGCACCGUCACCGGCUUCCGGCCUCGCCCGCUGCUGUCACCCGUCCACGCGCGAUGUGCCAACGACCAUGUGCCAGCAGGAGCCCAAACGCCCCCGCCGAGCUACACGUCAAGGCCUCCCUCCAGCGCCGCCAUGCGCCGCGGGUCAGGCGUCUCGGUGCAGUCGUUGUCGGACGAGACGCUGGUAGAUGAACCGCCCUUGUCCUCGUCCAGCGCCGCCACUCUUCCCGGCUACCACCCACUCGAGAUGCCGGCCAGCGUGAACUGGAAGUUCGCCCGUCAAGGCUUGAGCCUACUCAGCGUAGCGCUCCAGGACUGCACCUCUCCCAGCGGUUGCGACAGCGAGACGCCCUUUGGGCGCACCCUCUAUAUGCAAGCGUUGACGCUCCUCCUGAAGGGGCUGCCGUGUGACCUGAGCACGGCAGAGAAGAUGUCCAUCGAGACGUCUCUGCCGCCAGACAUUGUCAAGGUCGUCCAUGUCGACGUCUCCAGCGGGCAACUCCUGUACCACGGGAGCCAGCACGUGUCCGGGCCGCAUAGGCCGCCGCCAGAGCCGUCGUGGCUGCAUCGCCUGCUCGCGUCCAGCAUCAUCCAGGCCUUCCUCCUCUUACAUCUGCUUCUGCCGUACGUCAAGCUGUUCGUCGGCCACGCGUACCACUACGAGCGCCAGCACCGGAUAUCCGAGAGAUUGGUCUCGUCGUCCAUCAACACCGUCGACGGGCUGGGCAGGACGAGCUUCCGCUUUACCAACGCCAUCUUCCAGAUGAACGACGGCAAGGUGGGGCAGGCGAUCAACGACCUGACGCUGUGGGGGCUGCGGGGCGUGACGGGCGGGAUCCACGAGGGGUUGAGCGAAGGCAUCACGCUCCUGGGAACGAGGAGCGACGACAAAUGCUCCAAGUUGUAG